AAGAUCGGUUCAAGUACAGCUUAAUCACUCACCUUGGAAACGGAUCAAAAUCAAAAUUAUGUAGUGUGCGUAAGACACUCUCUGAAAUCAUCUCGAUGCUCUAUAUGUCUCUCGAUGAUUAAAAACAUUCUACUGUAAAUUCCCUUAGCGUUCGCUCGCUUUGAAUCAAUUGCUCGUAGACUUUGCACUGUUCAGAAUGGAUUCCUCUCUGCGAAUAGCGUUUUCACUUCUAGCAAUCUUGCUAGUGCUUGGUCAAACUCAUCAACGCGAGAUAAGGAAGCGUAAUUCCCAGGGAAUCACCAAUUUGGCUGACAACAAAUUUGUGCAGCAAUCCAACGAUUUCGCAAUCCAGCUGUACAAGCAAGUGAGUGCACAAGCGAGUGACGGAAAUGUGGUGUUUUCUCCGCUUUCGAUCAGUGCCUGCCUAUCACUGGCCGCCAUGGGAGCCGGUGGACUAACAGCUGAUGAAAUGUUCGGUGGAUUACGCUACGGAAAAGCCGAUCAGAAGCAGCAGGUUGCCGACUGGUACGGACGGCUCAUGAUUCGUUUGGCUAAUGAUACAUCUAUCGUCUUAGCCAACAAGCUUUACGUCAAAGAGGGAUUCAAUGUGAAGCGUUCCUUCCAAGAGGUGGCCUCCUCCAGAUUCCAGUCAGAGGUUCAAAAGGUCAAUUUCGCUCAGAGUCAGAUCGCCGCGAAAACGAUCAACGAUUGGGUGGAAAAGAAAACAAACAACAAAAUCAAGAAUCUCAUCGCAGCCAAUUCUCUGAACGAACUUACCCGUAUGGUGUUGGUCAAUGCUCUACAUUUUCACGCGAAAUGGAAGCACCAGUUCAAAACGUUUCACACAUAUCCAAGACCAUUUUGGUUCAGUGAUACCGAGUCACGAGAUGUGUCGACAAUGUACAUUCAGAAGGAUUUUGCGUACAAAAGCUUUGCGGCUGAAGCAUUCUCGGCUCUUGAGCUAUCCUACAGUGACAGUAACGUGACGAUGCUGGUGCUGUUGCCUAACAAUCGCGAUGGAUUAGCAUCAUUGGAGGAGAGACUUCCGAGUCUUGACCUAAUCGAUCUUCGAAAUCAAUUGAAAAUAAGCGAAGUGAAAGUAUACCUCCCCAAAUUUAAAAUCGAUUUCACUCUCGAUCUGAAGAACGUUCUGACAACACUUGGCAUGGGACGAAUGUUCAGUGAUGCGGCUGAGUUUCCUGGUUUGCUGGAGUCUGAUGGAGCUCUUAAAGUUUCUAAGGCCGUUCAUAAAGCAUUCAUCGAAGUAAAUGAAGCAGGUACCGAAGCGGCAGCCGCUACAGGGCUGGAUAUAAUGCUGAUGUCAGCAGUAUACUCACCACAACCAGUAAUGGAGUUCAAGGCAGAUCAUCCAUUUAUAUACGUUUUGAUGUCACAGGAUAAGAGAGUCUAUUUUAUAGGAAAAGUGACGAACCCAGCGUAAAACGCCACUGCACCACCAUAUUCUCAAAAGGAUAAUACUGCUUCUCUUCUGUCUUCAGCGGCAAUCCAGCGAAGCGAUCAUACCGCCAAUCGUCACUUACUUGAGACUCAUGAAGAAAAGCAUCGUCAAGCAAAACUCAGCGCUUGUGUCUUUGUUAGUCACAUACGCCAAUGACAAUAAAACAGCAACCUAUUG